ACCACCGCUGCCUCCUCUCAGUAAGCCGCUCUUUCUCCCGGUCUAAUUGCCGGGGCUGCAUCCUGUGCGGAGCUGGUUGUGCAGCAGGCUGACGGUGGGGUAGAGGAGAGCUGCAAGGCUUCAGUGGCAGCGAGAAGAAGAAGAGGAGGAGGAGGGGGAAGAAAAGGAGGAGGGGCAGGCUUUGGUGAGCUACUGGGCUUCCUCUGCCUCACAGACACAUUUUAUUGACUUGCUAAUUGGAUGAGGCUCUCGGAGGAGAGGAUGCAGUGACCGAGAGGAGCUGCUCCAGAUGAGGGAUACGGGCUCAAGAAAAGCAUCGCUUGGAUCCCUAAAUCUGGMUUCUUAAUCCCCCGCUUUUUCCCCCUCUCCCCUUUCUGCAGGCGGAACAACAGAUGUUUUUUGAGCAUCUCUCAGUGACCCUCGCACCGUGCACAUAAUUCUGUGCAUGACAUUGUCGAACGGAGGCUCCACUUGCCAGACGCUUCGUGACAAUUGAAUGAUUUCCAUUUUCUCCCCCAUUCCCUUUCACCGUUUUUUAUUUUAUUUUGAAUUCACCAGCUGGAGAGAUUUCUAUCWAUUCUUUGAUAUGCCGUUUGGUUUGAGUGGCAUUCUGAUGGCAGGAUAAAUUCAUCAGAUCAAACCUACGUGGAGCUGUGACUGGAUAUUCUACUGGAAUAAAAUGAAGCCUUGUUGCCAUGACUGAGGGGUGCAGCUCCUGUGAGGUCAGAGAGCAGGUGCCACCACGCUGAGGUCUGCUGUCCCAAUGAGCCAAGCAGGCAGCACGCAGAGACGCACCACCUACCUCAUCUCCCUCACUCUGGUGAAGGUUGAGGCCGUGCCAGAGGAUGUCGCAGGGAACCAGACGGAGGGCCCUCCAGAGGGGGAAGGGAGCCCUAAGAAGAAGGAGGAGGACAAGAAGGAGGAUGUGAGCGAUGCCCCUGAAAAGGAGGAAGGACCUCUCUGUGUGGAAGUGGGCGGGGAGGCGAACGCACAGGUGGAGCAGGAAGUGGAACAGGUGCAUGCCAAGUACGGCAGCCCGAUCGAGAGCAGGGAYAAGCCCGAGAGGAAGGAGGUGCUCCAGAAGGACGUUGUGCCGGUCGGGAAGAGCAAAGACCCAUGUUUUGUACAUCCGCCUGCCAGGCAAAUGGUCAAAGUGUAUGGGGGGACUUUCUCAGAGGGGCCCGUGCGCAGAGAGGGGCCCCGCUCAGAUGCCUUACGCCCUAAGACGGAGCUGUACCGGGAGCCUCCGGCCCUGUUCCCRAAGGGGGAAAACGGGGCCGACUUGAACCUCCGCUCACGCUCCAGCCUCCCCUUUUCUGCCCCGCAGCAGCUCAGCCAGCCGCCUCAAGUGGUGAUGAGGCCGCACGCAGGAGGGAGCGCCACAUGUUGGAGGGAGCUCAACACAAGCCUGUAUCACUCCGCCAAAACUUUAGACCGACGGGACAACCAGCCGCCGUCGAUGGCCGCUACGACCCUGGGGCCUUACAGGGCGUCCUGGGCCGACAGCGACGGGCGAGGGGCGCUCAUCCGGCCCGGGGCUCCCAUCAGCGGGGGGUUCUCGGGUGUGAAGACCCGUGACAGCCCUCAGGGGGAGCGGUACAAGGCGGUUUCUGUGUCUUUACCCGCACCCCCUGCCCCGGACRUGGCCAGGCCUCCGAGGAAAGGUACAAGUUGUACCCUCGACAGCGGCGACCUGCACCCUUUCUCCGAGGACUUGAAGAAAGGGAAGGAGGGUCAGGGAGGAACGAUCCAGCGAGCUCCUCCUCGUGACCGCAAGAUGCUCAAGUUCAUCAGUGGGAUUUUCACCAAGAGYACGACUGGGUCACCGAGCGCCGGCGUCGCACCGCCGCUGUAUCCUGCUGUGGAGAGGGGCUCGAGCGAGGAGGAAGUUGCGUGCACCAGCAAUCCAGAAUGGACCAUGAGCCAAACUGUGCAAGAACUCCACCUGGGUGUUUUGGGAGGUCUGUGCAGUGGGAAGUCUGCUCUCGUCCACAGACACUUAACAGGAAGUUAUCUUCCGGCAGAGAAUGCAGAAGGCCGACAGUACAUCAAGGACGUAUUGGUAGAUGGACAGAGUCACCURAUGAUAAUCAGAGAGGAGACAGAACUCCCAGGGGCUCAGUUUGCGAGCUGGGUGGAUGCCGUCAUCUUGGUGUUCAGCUUGGAAAACGAGGCCAGCUUCCAGGAAGUUUACAGAUUCUACCACCAGCUUGCCAUGCAUCGGCCUGUCACUGAGAUCCCUUUUGUAGUCGUUGGCACUCAGGAUAAGAUCAGCAGCACCAACCCGAGGGUGAUAGAUGACGCCAAGGCCAGACAGCUCUGCUCAGACGUGCGUCGCUGCACUUACUACGAAACCUGCGCGACGUACGGCCUCAAUGUGAACCGAGUCUUCAAUGACGCUGCUCAGAAGAUCAUGGCGGCCAAGAAACAAGCCGCUUUACUGGCUUCCUGUAAGUCUCUUCCCAACUCUCCCAGUCACUCUGGAGGCUCCACCCCAGUGUCUGGGGUCUUUCCAGGCCAGGCCAGUAACGGUGGUCAGAGCAGUGAUUACUCCUCUUCUCUUCCCUCCACCCCGGUGAUCAGCCAUAAAGAGAUUGGCCGAACUUUAAGAGGUGAGAAAUCAGACGGCGCCGGGCCCGGGUCAGUUCGCGGAGUUCGGAGGCGCACCCCGAGAUUUGCAGGUCGGAGAGGCAGCGACUCAAACAGACGAAGUGCCGACUAUAAGGGCGAUUUUGGCAGCGGGCGCUUCAUUCCCGUCAAACAGGGCAUCUUGCUGAAACGCAGCGGGAACUCGCUCAACAAAGAGUGGAAGAAGAAAUAUGUUACUCUGUCCAAUGAUGGCAUACUGUCCUACCACUCCAGUGUCAAUGAGUACAUGCUGAACACCCCGGGGAAAGAGAUGGACCUGCUGCGAGUCACUGUGAAGGUGCCGGGGAAGCGACCCCCGCGUGCUGUGCCAACGUGUGGCCCCCCGGCUGGGCUUAACGGGCGGGUCAAAGAUGUGCUGGGACCUGAGGUCCCAGUCAGCACCAGCAGCCUCCUACAGGUGGAGGAAAUGGAGGAGCUGGGAGGUGCACUGUUCCUGAGGAGUAAAGUAGGUGUGCAGCGGUGUCCGUCUACACUUUCCAACCACGCUCAAGAUUCUGCUGUUGAGGGAGUCUCCAGUUCUUCCUCCACUAAAGACGUGGGCUCUGCCUCCCCGCUGACCGACAGAAAGAAGUAUCGCAGGAAGAAGAGCACGAAUCAGAAAGGAGACGCAACCUUGGGUCAAGCAGACGCGAAACGCAAAAUGUGGAAACUCAAAAGUUUUGGUAGCCUUAGAAACGUGAGCAAGACGGAUGAGGAGAACUUUGACUUCCUGGUCGUGUCGAGUACCGGCCAGACGUGGCACUUUGAAGCCCARAGUGUAGAGGAGAGAGACUCCUGGGUCCAAGCCAUCGAGAGUCAGAUCCUGGCCAGCCUGCAGCUGUGUGAGAGCAGCAAAAACAAGGACAAUAAGAACAGCCUAAGUGAAGCCGUGGCGAUGCAGGCGAUUCGAAAUGCAAAGGGCAACGACUUCUGUGUGGACUGUGACGCUCCGAAUCCAACCUGGGCCAGUCUGAACCUGGGCGCGCUCAUAUGCAUCGAGUGCUCUGGGAUCCACAGGAACUUGGGGACCCACCUGUCUCGGGUUCGCUCGCUGGCCCUCGACGAUCUGCCAAGAGAGCCCACGCUGGUUCUCAGCACCAUCGGCAACCACAUGGUCAACAGUAUAUGGGAGGCGCGCACCAUGGGCCACCGUAAACCAGCGCCAGAUGCUUCCCGGGAAGAGCGCGAGUCGUGGAUCCGAGCCAAGUAUGAGCAGAAACUGUUUGUGGCGCCGUUGCCUCCUCCCACUCCCGGCAAGAGCCCAGACAUCACUCUKUCAGGCCGUCUUCUGUUGGCAGUGAUGGAGCGCAAUCUGCCCAAGCUGCUGCUCCUUUUGGCCCACUGCAACAAGGAGGACAUGAACGCCCCUCCCGGCCUGUCGCUCCCCACCAGGUCGCUCCUAGCGCUCCGGCUGCCUGGCUCUGCCCUGCACGCUGCCUGUCAGCAGGCUGAUGUGGUGAUGACUCAGCUUCUUGUUUGGUACGGCUGUGACGUCCGGCAUCGGGACGCUCAGGGGCAGACGGCGCUGACUCUGGCUCAAAGCGCCGGAAGCCAGGAGUGUGUGGACAUCCUGCUGCAGCACGGCUGCCUGACCGAAUUGGCCUCCUCCGCUGCCACCGCUGGCUUAUCUGCAGCAGCCGCAAUGACGACCAGCUUCCCUGUUUCCAUGACGUCCAGCUUGACGGUUGCCACGACGCUCAAGUACCCACAGAAGAGCGGCAGCGCCGGCCUGAGCUACAGCACCUCCCGGCGAGCCGUGUCGUAAUCACAGAGUGGCGCGGGAGCUUGCCGCUUUUGCACUCAUUGUGUGUCCCAUUCAUCCAUCCACCCAGACCAGCAGGAGCGAUGAACACGUGGACUGAUGCUGCAGUCAGAGGUGUGUGCGUGUGCGUGUAUGUGUGUCUGUGUGUGUGCGCGUGGGUGUGAUGAAAACUGGAGAAUUUCACCAAAAACAAACCCACAUUUUCAUGCCCCAUGCGUUCAGACCCAACAGGAAUGUACCGAAGCGUUUAGCAGACUCGUGUCCCGUCAUGCGGUCGAUGCUCGACUCCAGCCUCCACAGUCUGCCUGCAGCCUCAAACUGCUCUCCCUUCGCUGCCAAAGCCCAAAAGUAAAGAACUGCAAUAAGUUUACGAUUUGAUAACAGGACGCAUCGGACUUAACACAACACACUGCAGCAGCUAAUAACUUUGACAGUGAAUGUGAGUUUUCAACCCAUCAAAGCUUGUCAUUAAGUGCAUAAAUUAGUAAGUUGAUGUGAAAAAAAUCGUUAGUGACCAGAGAAAAGAGGGGAUUUAAAGAUAAAACUGCUGUAUAGAAAAAUGGAUAAAACUAUAAAAUUAUAAAAAUUUCCAGUUUGUUAUUGUACGAUUUGUACAGUUGGUUCUGUGAAAAAAAGAGAGAAAAAAAAAGCGUUACUCAUUGCUGUUAAGAGAUUUACUGUACAGAGUUUUUGUUUCGUUUGUUAGCGGCGUGUCUGAUUAAACACUGUACAGGAUGUGAGCGUUACGACGCCGGCAGUAGCUCAUUAUUACAGAGAGUGUAGAUGAAAUGAUCUUUGACUGAAUGUAAACAAAUACUAAUAUGUUUUCCAGAGGAUAAAGUUUUCAGCUGACAUUACUCCUGAUGUGACUAAUAUAAAUUAAAAGUUAUCUUUUGACCGAUGAGAUUGUCUCAUUUAAAAAGAAAAUGGCCGCCUAAUGACUCAGUGAUUUUUUUUUUCUAAGUGGAUGAAAGUAGACGUGAAGCAGAGGAAUGUUUUCCUAAUUUAUAAUUUUUAAAAAAGCAUAUUGUCAAGCUUUCAUGUACUGUAAGUACUUUUACUUUGACCGGAAGCUGUCUGUUACUGUGACGUAUACAUCACACACCACCUGCUUGGGUUUUUCUUUCUUUUCUUUUGUUUUUUUAACUUAUUCAAUAAAAUUCUAGAGCAUUUAUUACCACGAAA